CAAAACGUCACAUCUAUAGUCUUCUGUUUGUUUUGUAAUUGGAUUUAUUUUUCAAUGCCAAAUCAAAAUAAAGGGGAAAUGUAAAAGCUGGUUCAUUUUGGAUGAUUUCUUCAGUUUCAGCAAGCCUAGGGCGAGCGAUAAGUACACAAUCUCGUGUCCUAUACGAACCGCAUAAAAUGCAGGAGUGGUGAAUUCAUUGUUUAGUGAUAUGGUGACCAAAACAAUGACAACUUUACUAGUAUCAGCGGCGGAAUUAACGAACAUUUUCUCCGUUCUCGCUGUUCUGUUAUGUUUUUGUGCCAUGAUAUUAUUUAUAACAAGAAACAUGAUGGUAUUGAGAGUAAAUGGAGAAGACUUUGUUUUUCCAACAACAAUGCAUCAGGUUCCUCAAAGAGUUCCUCAAAUGAAUAUGAUGAAGGUUCAUAUUCCCUUCACAUUCAAACUGCUUGAGACCUCAACUUCUUCUUAUUCUGAAUUACAAUGUUGUAUGUCGAGCCAAGUGAACUGUAGCCUCCGAGUUUACUGGGGUGUCAACAUAAGAGAACUCCACAUCUUCCUGUGGAGGCCAUGGGCCCAUCUCCGAGAUGCUUGUAUCAUUGGUGAUUUUUUGAACGGAUAUUAUCAAUAUCCUGGACCGCAGCUAGAGAGGAGGCCGCAUCCAGAUCAAACCAUAACUAUGGCCCUAGAAAAGCCACUGGAACUUGGUACACCCCCUAGAUUGUGCUAUCCACUAGUCGUCAUUUUGUUCAGGAAUGAUGUUGGAGAUAACAUACAUCCCGAUGAAACUGUUGCUCUUAUAAACGUUAUACACAUCAAGGAUUCCGUGUGUACGCUUCCAACUAGUAUUUUGGCACAAUAUUUGAAGCAAGCCAACGGACAGCUAUCCUGUCUCAAGCAACUAUACCUGGCAACUGGUAAUCCAGGGGGAUACGAGGGGCCGCAAAUCCCCCUAGCAGUUGCCGAACCAGUGGAAGGGGGCCCAGGCCCCAUGGGGCGUACGUUAGUCUGUCCGACCAACGAGGACGCCAUGUUGUGGAACAGUUCCGGGGAACAACUGUGCGUCGUUUGUCAGUAUUUUCCACUAUCAAGGGCACUUUUACCUUGCAGACAUACUUGCAUAUGCGCAAGCUGUUUCGACAAACUGGACCGCUGCCCGAUGUGCAGGGGCCCCAUCAAGAGCUAUUUCUGCAUCCGAGGCGAGGAAUACAUGCCGAUCUCUGCUGACGUCAAGUCCCAAAACUCGCACGGCCCCCUCUACAACUGGCUGCAUCACUGGGACGACCGGCUUACGGACUUCCUAGGAUUCCAGCGAUAACCGGUAGCCAUAGUAAUUUAUUUUCUAUUUAUUCCGUCGGCGACAAUGGCAUUCG